GUCACUGCAUCAGCUGUAAAUCUAUAAAUAUAGGUACAAAUUUUAGGUUAUGUUUUUUUGCCUAUGUUAAUUGCUAUGGGACAAUAUUAUGUAAUUUUUCAUCAAUAUGUCUAAGCGAUUAUUAAAUCUAGCCCAAUUAAGCGCUGUAGGGCUCACGGGUUACCUUUUAGGACAUAACUCAAAUCAUCACUGUAAAGAAAAUGACAGUAUUUCAUUAGCCACCAGCAGUCGGAUUUUGAAAUGUCUGCCUGGGUUACCGGUAUUUGGUACUGUUUCUGCAGCUGUACCUUAUACAGAAGGUGGCAAUUCUAAGGACAGGAUCUCUGAAAUUAUGAAAUAUGGCUUUCCCGGUCUGGAUAAUGUUAGGUCUUAUGAUGAUUUCGUUCUUUCAUACGACCGACGGACUCGGGUACCACAUUGGGUGUUUGAACAUUUAACCAAAGAUCACAUAAAGAAGAAUGAUGCUGUUGAUAGAAGCAAAUGUGACUUUAAGCCUGAUGACAGUAUACACAUAUUUUUCAGAUCACAAAAUAGUGACUACAAGGGCUCAGGGUUUGACAGAGGUCAUAUGGCAGCUGCUGGCAAUCAUAGACUGGCACAGAGACACGUAGAACAAACAUUCUACUUGACAAACAUGGCUCCACAGGUAGGUCAAGGUUUCAACAGAGAUGCAUGGAACAGACUAGAGAAGCACGUCCGAAAGUUGACCAAGGUGUAUGAAAAUGUGUUUUGCUGUACAGGACCCCUCUAUCUCCCACGAAAAGAAUCAGAUGGCAAGUCAUAUGUGAAGUAUCAAGUAAUUGGCGCGAACACGGUCGCCGUUCCGACACACUUCUUCAAGGUGGUGGUGGGGGAAUCGCCAGAUGGUACAUUGCACAUGGAAUCCUACGUGAUGCCCAACCAAAGGAUCCCGGAUGAGACGCCUGUGUCUUCCUUCAUGGUACCCCCAGAAACAGUGGAAAGAGCAGCUGGUCUUUUGUUCUUCGAUAAAAUACACAGAAGUAAACUGACUACGAUAAAUGGAAGAAAAGUUUAGUGUUUAGUUAAGAUUUAUUGAUCUAUGGACUACAUAGAACAUUGUAAAUGUCGGAGUUUAAUUUUUAUUCAAUGUGACAAUCUAUAGACCAGGUUUUUCUAGCGAGCCAUCUAUAACAAUAUGUUAUAACAAGAAUGAAAAUAUUUCUAUUUUAAAGGUUCUGAUACAGAGCAAUUUUUGGAAAUCAAAAAAUUUAAUGCUUAUUAUAAUAUCCGGCUCGAAGGACCAGUGUCCGGUGCUGCAAAUCACAAAGAUAUAAAAGGGAUAAUUAUUUAUUUAUAUUACAUACUACAAUUGACUAACCCAGGGGUUCAAAGGGUCGAUCACGAGUGCUUUUUAAGUCGAUCUCGAGAAAAAAAUCCGGUAUAAUAAACAAAAAACGGUAAUUACGUUCCAUCUUAUGAAAAGUAUGCUCAGGACAUGCAGUGUCAUGCAGAUUCAACAUCUAAAGUCACUCUUUAGUUAAGCUUAGAACUCUAGAACGCGUUUGUUUUGUAAGAACCAAUAAACUCGCAAUUUUGAAUAUUAAUGAUGAGAUUUUUCAUUGACAUUUAAGAGCAGACCUACACUUACCUUGACUAAAUAAAUAUGCAUAUUUUGCGCAAAACUAAUAUCUAUGUCAUCGUGACACUCUACCUAGACGACAAUCCUUCAUCACACAUACUUUAAGCCUCUCAGAGCCGAUCGAUCGUAGUCUAACAAUUUUGAGGUAGAUCGCCAGCAGUACAAGCAUGAGCACUCCUGGACUAACCUAAUGAGGUGAGAUGAGAUUGGGAUUAGAAUGUAGCGCCCGGUAUUCCGAAUACUAACUCAAGUUAAUAUAUUGAAAUAUAAUGAAAAACGUCAUAACAUCAGCAAAUCAUAUAUCGUCAUAGUGUCGCUUACAUUGAAACCUCUGUACGGUUAUUUAACUGUACAAUUUGCAUUAAUUAUCAGUGAAUGGUCUCUGUUCAAGCAUAAACUAAAUAAAAAAUCUGUAAUUCUUUGUAAUCAUUACUAUUAUAUGAUGUGUAAAUUCAUUUACAAGGUAUAUUCUGCCUGUUAAAAUUAAUUUUAAUAAGAUAUUUCAAUAAAUUUUCAUUUUACAGACACCAGUGAACUUGUUGAAAGAUAUCCAAAAUUUGCUUCGUGGGAGUUUUUCAAUGAAUGAAUUGUUAUGUGUUAGGUUUAAGUACAUAGACAAGAUUAUCAGAGGCCAUAAACCGUGAAAAAUUAAUCCAAUUUCUGACUUUUUAGCAUGUUAAAUCCCCAGUGCAGAUCAAGGUGGAUAAAAAACUAAAAUGGCUGAUGGAUUCGAUAUGAAUAACUAAUGUUAUGUACUAUUAUUGUUACAUAGACUACAGACUAUGUCUGUACUCUGUUCAGUGUGCGUUUUGAAGGAGACCUCCGCUGAUUUUUCAUAGCUGUGGUGCCAUUCUGUCAUUUUACUCUUUAUGUAAAAAUAGGAAUAAAAUUAUGUGAUAUACCUUGAAAAUACAGUAUAACAUUUUUAGAUUAUGUAUACGUCUAGAUAAGACUAUGACAGCUGUGAAAACGUUGAAAAAAAUUGAGGUUGACAGUAAACUUCUAUUUUGAGCAAUGCACCCACACUAACACAAAGUGACAUACAAAUUGCGAAGAUAGGACGUAGCUUGUCAGGCACACUAAAGUAAUAAACCUGGCCUGAUUUCAUCGGUUGUCUAGCAGCAAGAGGGUAAUCUAGACGUAUAAAUUACCUAAGAUAAAAUCACUAAGAGAAAUGGUAGUAUACAUACGAGCCAAACAGUUGUUUUUUAGGCCAAAUUGUAUUAUAGUACCUGAUAUGAUUCUACCCUUAAAUUAUAGAAGUUUUAGUGCAAUUUUAUAUUAUAAGUUUAUUGUUGUAUUUUAAUAAAAAAAUAUUAGUUAAUAUGAGAAUAAUAAUGUUGACAUUUUAUUUUUAUUAAAUAGCUGUUAGUAAAA